CUCAGUCGUUUUCAUUCAUCCAUGUGACGUCUGUAGGUUUUCUGCUGGCUUUUUUUCCCCUCCAAUGCAUCACUGCUCUCUCCCUCUUUCCUGAGAGGCAGAAUGGGAGGGUGAGAGAAGAAGAUCGAGACAUAGAGACAGAGAGAACUGCUUCAAUAUUGCCUUACGAACAAGAGAGCGGGAGAGCUCAGGUUGUGGGUGGGAGUAGUUAGAGGGUUUUUUUUCUCCUCUUUGUUUUGUCUGAUUCGACGGAAGCCAUAGAUUGUGUGGGUUUCACCAAAGACCGGUGUCUGUCCCUGGACAAAUCCCCCUUUCCUUCUGUCCGUUUGCCUGAAGCGGUUGCUGGACUAGCUAUUGGCUAAUGGAGAGGCUAGCAGGCACGCACAGUUACUCUGAGAAGAACAGGAGGAUGAAAUGAGGAGAGGAGGGGCUGAGCUGAGCCAGUGGGCUCGCUCUCUGCCUCACAGACACAUUUUAUUGACUUGCUAAUUGCCUGAGACACUCGGAGGAGAGGAUGCAGUGACCGAAGGGAGGGGACCUACUGUACAGAAGAGGAUUACAGGCAGAGGAAUAGAAAAAUGUUGGCCACCAUCUCUGCUUCUAUUUGCUGAGGGAAUUACGGCGGAUGUGUGCAGCCUGUCUUCUCAUUGAUCCACGUAACAUGCAUACAUGAUGCAUGCAUGACAUUACUGUGUCUUUGCCUCACAUGCAGUCGGAAGGACUCUCACCACCAAACGUUUUCUCUCUCUGUUGGAUAGGCUAAAGAUGUUGAUUGUCUUUAACACAGUCCUCACCAUUUGGUGUAUGUGACAGUGAAACAUCAAAAUAAUCUUCAUCCGAAUGUCUUGGGAAUAGGAGAAUAUGAACAUCCCGAAUCCUACAAUGGAUAUCCUUUAAUGGAAAUGAAGAAAUUAUGUGAAGAGAAGCUUACUGUUUGAAGAAAGACUGGCUUAAGGCAGUUCAUCUUGUCUGGUUUUGCGGAGUGGGAACUACGUAGUAGUACAGUCUUGGAGGAGAAAUGGACCGAGCUGAUAUGUUGACUCUUGCAUAAUUCCUUUCUCAAACAUCAAAAUCGUGGAAAGCAAUCUCAGAUCCUUGUCUUCAGGCUGUAUAAUUAAUCUUGCAUAUGGAGAGAGAACGGUGGAAGAGAAGAAGAAGACUGUGAAUGAACCCAUUGAGGCAGCCUUUAUAGAUCAGUAAAGGGAAGGUGAAGAGAGGAUUACAGGAAGGAUUAAAAAAGUACAGUCUAGACUUAAUUCAUGAGUACCUCAGCCCUGUUACGUACGCUAGGCUAAUUCACGGUACCGUGGAGUGAUUCUCUUUGUCUUGCUUGUUGACUCUUGAGUUUUUACAUCACAGGUACAGAAAGCCUAAAGAAGCGAGCCCGCAAAACUCUUGACAAAGGUACCGUUUCCCCAUAUCAAACGCGUCCCAACAGCCGUUAGUUUUGCAGCACGACCUGACUGUGUGGCCUGGCUGUUGUCUCUGUGGUGACGCCGCCGGCUGUGGCGGGCCAUGCCUGUUCUCUGUGGGUCUGUCCGGGUAAGAGCGAGGACACUACCACUGCACUGAGGUGGGUCUGCUGAUCCGCCAGCCAGCCGCCCCCAUGAGCCACGCAGGCACCCUACAGAGACGCACCACCUACCUCAUCUCCCUCACCCUGGUCAAGGUCGAGGCGGUAGGGGCCGAUGAAGGGGCCGUGGAGCCACAGCCUCAACAGGCCCUUGCUCUGGGGAGAGCAGGUGUCGGAGGCCCAGACGACGAAGAUGAUGAGGAGUUCAGCAGGACCACAGAGGAUGGCGGAGGACACACAUGUGCCAAGGGGGAGAGGGAGGGAGAGGGGGACACAGAGAUGGAGGAAGAGGAGCCGGAGGAUGUCAGCUUCUGGGGGCCUGUCCCAGCGAGGGGGCAGCUGGAGAUGAAGGAGACCGAGAGUUGUGGCUUCUUAAGAGAUAUCAGGUCUGGGCCUAAGAGCAGGGAGUCUCCCCUCCUUCUGGAGAAGGUGAAGGUGAAGGGGCUUGCUGGGGUGUCGUGUGUCCCCUCAGAGGGAGGGCUGAGGAGAGAGGGAACCCGCCCUAAAACCGAGCUGUACAGGGAGCCUCCCAUGCUGUAUCCAAGAGCAGAGGAUGGGAUUUGCGACCAAAGCAACGUCCUCUCGCGAGGCAGCAUGCCCAUCACCGUACCAACCAGGCUUACUCAGCGACCGGAAGUCUUGAUGAGGUCACAUGCCGGGGGCGGGGCUGUCAGCCGGCGGGAGUUGAGGGAAGCCAAUCAGAGUAUGCCUCCAUCCGCCAAGAGUCUGGACCGCAAGGACAACCGCAUAGGGGACCGGUCACCUAUGACAGCUGCUGUUGCCUCGCUGGGACCUUACCGGGCGUCCUGGGCAGACAGUGACGGCAGGACCACACUUCUUCGGCACGGGCCCCCUGUGGGGGGAGGGUUUACCGGCAUGGUGACCAGGGAAAGCUCCCGUGGGGACCGGUUGAAGACGGGCUCCACCUCGCUGCCAGUCCAACCCACCCCCCAGGUGUCCAAGCCAGCGAGGAAGGGCAAGAGCCGCACACUGGACAACAGUGAUCUGCACUCCCUGUCUGAGGACCUGAAGAAGGGGAAGGACGGCCAUGGUCAGGGGGGGACCACCCAGCGCGCCCCCGUCCGUGACCGCAAGAUGCUGAAGUUCAUCAGCGGGAUCUUCACCAAGAGUACACCUGCGCCUCCCAGUUCUAACUCAGUGCCCCCUCUCUACACGCCCAUACAGAGGGGUUCCAGUGAGGAGGAAGCCGCGUGCGCUAACAGUCAAGAAUGGACCUUCAAUAGAACCAUCCAAGAACUCCGUCUGGGAGUUUUAGGAGGUCUCCGCAGUGGGAAGUCAGCCCUGGUUCACAGACAUAUGACAGGAAGUUACCUGCCCCUAGAGAACCCGGAAGGGGGCAGGUAUAAAAAGGAGGUGUUGGUUGAUGGAAACAGUCACAUUUUGCUGAUCAGGGAAGAGACAGGACCCCCAGAUGCCCAGAUGGCUAGCUGGGUGGACGGGGUUAUCCUGGUCUUCAGUCUGGAGAACGAGGCCAGUUUCCAGGAAGUGUACAGGAACUACAGCGAGCUGGGCACUCACCGCAACAUCGCUGAGAUUCCCUUCAUUGUGGUGGGCACCCAGGACAAAAUCAGCAGCACCAACCCUCGGGUCAUAGAGGACGCCAGGGCCAGGCAGCUGUGCUCUGAUGUGAGGCGCUGUACCUACUAUGAGACCUGUGCAACCUACGGCCUAAACGUCAACCGUGUUUUUACUGAGGCUGCUCAGAAAAUCAUGGCAGUGAAGAAGCAGGCAGCGCUACUCGCUUCCUGUAAAUCCCUUCCAAACUCCCCCAGUCAUUCUGGAGGCUCUACACCAGUGUCAGGGGUCUUUCCUGGGCAGGCCAGUAACGGUGGUCAGAGCAGUGACUACUCGUCUUCGCUACCCUCCACCCCAGUAAUAAGCCAUAAGGAGAUUGGUGGGGCAUCUGGGGGUGAGAGGCUUGGCAGCAGCACGCCGGGGUCUGUCCGCAGCGCACCACAGCGACGCACCGGCCCCCGCUUCACGGGCCGUAGGGGCAGUGACUCGGAGAGGAGGAGCACAGACGGUAAGAUGGGAGAUCUGGGCAGUGGACGCUCCAUCCCUAUAAAGCAGAGUAUCCUACUGAAACGUAGUGGCAACUCCCUCAACAAGGAAUGGAAGAAGAAAUAUGUCACCCUGUCCAACAAUGGAAUGCUUUCCUAUCACUCAAGCGUCAAUGACUACAUGCAGAAUACACAUGGAAAGGAAAUGGACCUGCUGAGGGUGACAGUGAAGGUGCCAGGGAAACGCCCUCCCCGCGCUGGCGCUGUCCCUUCCUGUGGACCUCCUCCAGGACUCAACGGCCUGGUCAAAGAUGUCCAUGGGCCUGAGGGGGCCAGUACAGUCCCUGUUUGUGGCAGCAACCUCCUGCCAGUAGAAGAAGGGGCCGGAGGAGGGUUGGCUCAUGGAGGGAACAGAGGGGUGCAGCGCUGCUCCUCCACUCUAUCUAACAAGGCCCAAAGCGUGGACUCUGCUAUUGAGGAUGUGACCAGCCCCUCCUCUAAAGACGUUGGCCCCGCCUCCCCAAUUGUUGACAGGAAAAAGCAUCGCAGAAAGAAGAGCAUGAAUCAGAAAGGAGACACAGCCAUUGGCCAAGCGGACGCAAAGCGCAAAAUGUGGAAACUUAAAAGCUUUGGUAGCUUAAGGAACAUAAACAAGACAGAUGAGGAUAAUUUUGACUUCCUGAUCGUAUCGAGCACGGGCCAGACAUGGCACUUUGAAGCCCAGAGUGUGGAGGAGAGGGAUGCCUGGGUGACUGCCAUCGAGAGCCAGAUCCUGGCCAGCCUGCAGCUGUGUGAGAGCAGCAAAAACAAGACUCGGAAGAAUAGUCAGAGUGAAGCUGUGGCGCUGCAGGCCAUCCGGAACGCCAAGGGCAACAACUUCUGUGUGGACUGUGAAGCACCUAACCCAACAUGGGCCAGUCUGAACCUUGGGGCGCUGAUCUGCAUUGAGUGUUCAGGGAUCCACAGGAACCUGGGCACCCACCUGUCCCGUGUCCGCUCCCUAGACCUAGACGACCUGCCCAGGGAGCUCACUCUGGUGCUGGGUGCCAUCGGCAACCACCUGGCUAACAGCAUCUGGGAGGGACGCACACUGGGCCGCCGAAAACCUGCCCCUGACGCCUCACGAGAGGAGCGGGAGUCGUGGAUCAGAGCCAAGUAUGAGCAGAGGCUGUUUGUGGCUCCGCUGGCUCCACCCUCCCCCAGCCAGGGGUUAGGGGUCAACACAAUGUCGGCUCGUCUGCUGGCGGCAGUGAUGGAGAGGGACCUUGCUCGCCUGCUCCUCCUCCUGGCCCACAGCACCAAGGAGGACAUCAACGGCCCCCUACCCCCAGGAGUUCAUCUCCCUCUUCACUCCCCAGCUGCCUCCCCCAGCUCUCCCCUUGGGGGUAUCCUGCCCCCUUGCUCCGCGCUCCAUGCCGCCUGCCAGCUCACUGAUGUGGUCAUGACCCAGCUGUUGGUCUGGUAUGGCAGUGAUGUGAAGUGUCGUGACGCCCACGGACAGACAGCCCUCACGUUGGCACGAUACGCUGGAAGUCAGGACUGCGCUGACAUCCUUCUGCAGUACGGCUGCCCCAAUGAGCCCGUGCCCUCGGUCGCCACCACGCCGACCCUCUCGGUCGCCACCACGCCGACCCUCUCGGUCGCCACCACGCCAAGCUUCUCGGUCGCCACGACGCCCAGCCUUUCCCGCAACAGCAGCGCCGCCAGCCUGAGUCGCAGCAGCUCCAGGAGAGCAGUGUCUUAAUGGAACUGGGCUUAGAGAACUGUGAAGGUGUGGGUGGAUGGAUGUGUGCAUGUUAUAAUACUGAUAUGUAUGUGUGUUCGUAACCAUGUGUGUGAGUGUGUGAGUGUGUGAGUGUGUGUGUGUGUGUAACCAUAUGUGUGCCAGGGGGCUCGGGUAGAAGGUGGAGGUUGUCCCCUGAAAGGACACCUCCACCUUCUACCUUGGUGUGAAAGAGUCUCACCAAGACCUAGUCACAGACCAGAAGGCCUGAAUGGACAAGCAGCUAAUACUGUUACUAUUGUAAAGCCAGGAGGCUGUGUGUGUGUGUGUGUGUGUGGCUGGUCUACUUCGUGGGUUACCUUGUACCCACUAUGGCACUGAUGAUAGACUCUUCCAAACACCAUUGCUCUGUGGGACCUCUGACCUGCCAAAAGAAGCUGUGCGACAGCUACAGCCCCUCCCGUGUCCUGGACCAGAGCAGUAACCGAGACAGGAAUAAUGCCAAGCUACAGGACACCAACACAUUGUGAACUGCUGGGGCCACAUGGGUGGCCUGUCCUGUAUGCUGAGUUGGGUAUGAAAACGAACCAGUCCUACAGAACUUCAAUUACCAUACCUCUACUAUCCCACUGUCUCUUGAGGUUUGGAAUCCCACAAUAAAAGACUCGAAUACGACAUGAAGGUUCCAGGUUCUCGACGGCGGAGAAUGUCAUUUAAAAAUUAAAUAUGAACAAUUCCGUGCUUCUAUAGUUAGUUUGACGUGAAGUGGCGCAGCUUAACUCACAACGCAGCUACAUUAAUGAAGACGCUAUGAUAUUAUGAUACUAUUUGCAUAAUGGGGCUUAUUCGAUCCUCUAAAUGACAUGGUACUAACUCAAACAGAAAAUAAGACCAACACCAGUGGCCAGAGCCUGGAAUAUUAAUGACCACUGUAAAACCGCAUCACUGUAUCAUGGCAUUAGACAGAAUGGUCAGUUAACAAACAAUGCUCAGCAAAGGUGAAAUUAAAAAGAAAUACUGUCCAACAGUUAUAGGAUUUGUAUUUCAACAAUUCAAGUAAAAAAAAAAAAUAUUGUACAGAAAGACAUAUAUGAAAUUGAUAUCAUUAUUAUUCUUGUCAUAGUUAUCAAUAUUGAUAAGUACUUCAUGUUCAAGAUUGUUAUUGUAUGUUCUGAAAUUUAUAUGGUAGGUUCCUAACAAGGGUUACUCUUAACUGUUCAGAGAGCUGUUCAAACUGUGACAGAUUAGGUGAUGUAUUUUAUUUGGCAGUCAGUUAGCAAUCGAUCUCCCUGACAUCAGUCAUUUAAGAUCCAAUACGGAGACAUUCUAAUGUGUGUGCAUAGUGUUUCAGAAAUGAGAAAAUGUAAAUACUGUAGUAGUAUGGAAGAUUAGAGAUAGGAGAUACCCCAUUACCACUAUGUCCUAUUUCAUCUGAACAUUAGAAUUACCAGAUGUGAAUUAAAUUAAAAGCCUUCAGUUUGAUUUCAUGUAUUGAAAAUAUUCAGAUGGUUUUAAGUGCAGACCUCACCUCUCAGGCACCUCUAUACUGCCAUCUAUUGGGUCCUUACGUCCCAGACCCCCCUCAUCUCAUAAGAUUCUCUAAUCUGUCAAGCUCAUAGAUAUCAUAUACCACUGCAUUAUUAGAUGGGCUUUGCUUCUAGAAUUUCUUCAUUCCUAACCUGUCUUCCUCACCAUAAUGUCUCAUAACAAGGCAGAAUAACUCUCCUAACCUGCCACAUUACUUAUUGAACCUGAUGCAUUCAUUCUCCUAACUUACCUUAUCCUUACCUGCCUAGCUAAAAUGUGGUUCAACUUCAAACACUCCACGUGAGCAGUCACAUAUUUCAAAGAAGCCUGAGAGAUGAGGUGCCUGAGAGACGAGGCCUGCAGCUAGAAUCUAUUGAAAAUAUUCAGAAUCUUUCAGUGCACUGCCACACCUCCAAAAGAAAAAGGGGUUCAAAAGCCAAAUUCACAGACGUCAUUCUCCAUUAUCAUUCCAAAUGUACAUAAGUAUCGUAAGUAAGGGAAAUCAUUGGCCUUUGUGCUGAGAAUGAAAAGUUUGCUAGUGGCCAAAUUAGGGACCAUUAUAAUAACACCACAAGGACCAUGUUGCUUUAAAAUCUAAUGUAGUAUGAUCAUACCAGUAGUCUUUAUUACUGAAGAUUCAAACCUAUGACUGUGUCUGUAAAUUGUGUAUGCUUCUCUUUUGUUUUGCAGUGUUUUUUUACUCAUGUAAAUGAUUCAUGUCUCAUUGAAGUCAGCUAUACAAUUGCUGUUCAACCUGUGGUGUUUUAUUUAUAGAUUUUGGGGGUAUUUCAUAUUUGAAUGUAAAACUUUUAUCAGUUUAAAAAAGGAAAUUGAAAACAGCAUACAAAAAAGCAACAGAAUAAAAUUUUCAUAACGUU